AUGACGAUUUCCGUCUCUUUCAAAACUUUGACGCAAGCGAGCUUCACUCUCGAUUUGGAAGAAACCGACACGGUUUGUUUUAUUUUUAGUGCACAUUAUUUCGACUUUGAAAUUAUGAAAAUAGAAGAGAAAUGAAAUUUUAAAACACGUUUAGCACGUUCUUUACGAUAAUUCUCAUUGAAACAUUGUAGAAAAAAAGGUUAGGUGUUUUUUUGAAUUCGAAAAAAAAUUUUCUAAUAUUAAUAUUUCGAAUUUUUCAAGGUUGCGGAUAUGAAAGCCAAGAUUUUCUCUACGCGUGGCGAAGAUUACGAAACGAGCUUGCAGAAACUUAUUUACAACGGAAAGGUACAACUGUAGUUGAGGUUUAUGAAAAGCGGUUUUUGUAGAUCCUCGAAGAUGGAACGAAGGUCAGUGAAGUCGGGUUCGAGCCUAACAAGUUUGUUGUUGUAAUGCUUGGAAGGGUUAGUUUUCCUUCUUACUUUACUUAUAUAAUCAGGUUAGUACAUUGUUAAUUGACAAUGAGAUGAUUUUCAGAGUUUGAGGUAAAUUCUUGAGUUUAUUUUUCCAUAGGUGAGAUAAAAUAAAAAAAUAGAUAACUAUUUUGUGUUUUUCUCAAGAUCAUGAAAGUUGACUUUCUGUUUGCGUUUUCAGAAGCCAGCAGUGAAAAAGGAAGAGCCUUUGGUCGCUCCAGUCGCUUCAUCUGACUCCGCAUCAGCUCAAACUCCCUCAGCUACUUCCGCUGCUUCAGCUGUUCAAACUGCUCCUCAAGUGGUACAAAAUAUCCCAUCUCAUCCACCACCUUCUGUGGAUUCAGGUUUAUACCAAGUUUUUUCUUGGCUUAUUUUUUCUUUGCAGGUUUUUCUGUGGAACAAGAAGGUAUGAUCGAGGCUGUUAGUUCGAUGGGAUAUCCUCGUAGCCAGGUAAUUUAAAAAAUAUUCCUCGUUCUCCAUAUUAAAAAACAGGUAAUUGCGGCAUUGAGAGCUGCAUAUUGGAAUCCAGAUCGAGCUGUCGAGUUUUUGAUCACAGGUCUUCCUGCUGACGUAGAAGGUGAACAUGGCGGCGCUGCGGAAGAAGACGAAGAAGGUGAGCUUCGCAGAAGCUGAUAUAUUACUUUCACACAGAAGCAGUAUGUUUACAGAACCAACCAGAGGUCGUAGAAACGUGAACAGUUCACAUAUGUGUAUUUUUAAUUGGCUCAAAAUCGUAUUGUUAAAAUCAAAUAAGCCGCUUUUUUGAAGAAAUUUCGUGAGAACCUUUGGUGUAAGCGAUUCAAAAAAUAUUUUGCGAUUUUAGGCGAUUCGAAACUUUUGGUGAACCUUUUGCCGCUUUCUUGAAUAUGCCCUCAAGACUUAAAUUGUUUUACAACAAAGAAAAGAAAAUAGAGAAUUCUAAAGUUUUUAUUAAAAAAAUGAGCUAUAUGGAGAAGAAAAAGCAAAUGUAAAAGGGUCAGGCAGGAAAAUUUUCAUUGGCUUUUACUGUAAAAUUUCAACAUGAUUAAUAUGCAUGAAAACAAUGAAAAUUCGAGCAGUGGUUAAUAGCCAAAUCUGCUCUUAAAUUUGAUCAGUAUCAUAAAAUGACUUCGGGAGUUGAGCCGUAUUUUCUUUCUUAUCUUCAGAGAAAAAAGUUAGGAAAUCGAAAAAAAAAACUUGAAGGCAAUCAUUAUAAAAUCGAAAUUAUCUCUUUAAGAGAACUUGUCAGCCAACGCUCCUGAGAACUUCGCGAUGCUCGAAAACUUGCCACAAUUGAACGAUUUGCGAGCUUUGGUUCAACAAAACCCUGAGAUGCUCGCUACGAUCUUGCAGGUAUGUUUAUGAAAAAAAAAGUAGGCUCUGGGUUUGCCUACCUUUUUCUGUUUCAGUCUUCAAGUUAUGAUUAUAGGAAUCUGAGCUGAUCAGAAGCUGAUCUAAAAAGCGUCAAAAAAAAAAGAUUUUGAAAACGUGUAAUUGUCGUUGAAUCUGUGGAGAAGCUCACUAUUUAAGAGAAUCAGUAUUACUGUUAAACGAUCUUUUUCAUCCUCCGAUCGUAUUUUUUUGCAUUUCUAAAAAAAUUAUUUCAAAAAUUUACUCCAAUCGAUAAAAAAAUAAAAAAAUAAUUGUUUUUUGAACAUCCCACACUGUAAUAUACAUUUUUCUUCUCAGCAAAUGGCUGUGAUGAAUCCUCGUCUUGUCCAGGCAAUCCAGGGUAACCAACAGGCCUUCAUUGACUUGCUCAAUGCACCCAUCCAGGUUUUCAUUCUCAUUUUUUCGAUGACGAUUUUCAAGUUCUAAAUCUUUACAGAGACGCUCUGGUGGUCAGGCUGCAGCAGGAGCUGGAGGAGCCGGGGGAGCUCCUCCAGGAGCUCAGCGUGUCGUUAUUGAACUCACUCCUGAGGAGCUGGAAGCUGUGAAUCGCAUCAAGUCCAUGGGAUUCCAAGUUCCCGAGAGAGUUAUUGUCGAAGUCUAUAUUUUUUAUUUGUUUCAUUCUGAACAAUGUAAUUUCAGGCUUAUUUGGCGUGUGAUAAGAACGAGGAAGCUGCUGUAGACUUCAUUUUGAGCAACAUGGGGGUAGGUCUUCGGUUUUCUUUUGUACUUUUUCAUUUUCAAGAAAUCAAUCGAAGAAAAUAUUUGAAAAUAUUUCAGGACGACAUGGAAGAAUAA